AUGAUGCGAACCCGGCUUUCGUUGAUUCAACACUGUCGACAGGCUUCUGGACAAGGUAAUGAUGAAUAUUAUGAUGAGAUAAGCAACUUUGUUGUUGUUUAUAUUGUUGUUGUCAUAUAGUUUUGAGUUGGAUUGUAGUUUUAUCGUGUUGAGAAUGUCUUUGAAGGUUUGUGCAUCUAUGAUAAUAUUGAGGUACAGCUUGUUAGUAAAGGGCUUUUUUGCCAAUGUUUUGAUAGGAAAAGUUGAGGAAAACAUUGUUUUUUGUUAUUUUUUUUGAAUAUUGUUGUUUUGGUUUGUUUUUUCUAUUUUUUAGAAUUUUCUAUAUUGUAGGUGCACCUAUGUUAAUAUUGAAUCACACCUUAUCGGUUACGGAUUUUUAGCUAAAUUUUUGUAUGAAAAAUAUAAAUAUAAUAUAAUUUCAGCCAACGGCACAAAGAUUCGACGAGUACUCAUCGCGAAUCGAGGUGAAAUCGCUUGUCGAGUUAUGAAAACAGCCAGGAAACUUGGAAUCGAGUCAGUAGCCGUCUACUCUUCGGCCGAUCUUCAUUCACAGCACACAAAAAUGGCUGACAAAGCCUUUAGGAUUGGUGAUCCACCUCCGCUUCAAAGUUACUUGUGUGGUGACAAGAUUAUCGAUGUUGCACUAAAGUCAGGAGCUCAAGCCAUUCAUCCUGGCUACGGAUUCUUGAGUGAAAAUGCUGGAUUUGCUGAGAAGUGUGCUGAAAAUGGCAUUAUUUUUAUGGGACCACCACCGAAUGCUAUUAGAGAUAUGGGAAUGAAGAAUACGGCCAAGAAAAUCAUGAUUGAGGCCAACGUUCCGGUGAUUGAAGGCUAUAAUGGUGAUGAUCAGAGUCCGGAAUUGUUGUUUGAGGAGGCGAGGAAGAUUGGUAAGGGAUUGAAAUGGUAAAUAACAUCCAUGAAUUCUCAAUUUAAGUUUGGGAGGUCAUGAAAGUUAUUAUAAGCCUAAAACAUGCUUUAUAAAUAAUGUUUUCCAGGCUUCCCAGUAAUGAUCAAGGCUGUAUGUGGAGGUGGUGGAAAAGGAAUGAGAAUCGCCAGAACAGAAGCCGAUUUCCAUCAAGCCCUGGAAAGUGCCAAGACCGAGUCAGAGAAAGGAUUUGGCAACUCAGACAUGAUUAUCGAGAAGUUCGUGGAACGGCCGCGGCACGUCGAAGUUCAGGUGUUUGGCGACACACAUCAAAACUACGUAUACCUGUGGGAACGAGACUGUAGCAUCCAACGAAGACAUCAAAAAGUCAUUGAAGAGGCGCCGGCUCCAGGACUAUCGAUGGAUGUGCGACGAAGCAUCGGCCAAGCCGGUGCCAACGCGGCCAAAGCUGUGAAUUACACUGGCGCCGGGACGGUGGAGUUCAUAAUGGACCCAUUGACUCAGAAGUUUUACUUUAUGGAAAUGAACACUCGGCUACAGGUUGAACAUCCAGUUACUGAAGCGAUUACUGGCGUGGAUUUGGUCGAAUGGCAAUUUGCCAUAGCUGAAGGAGGGGAAAUCCCGUUAAAACAAGAGGAAAUCGGUCUAAAUGGACAUGCCCUGGAGGCGAGAGUCUAUGCUGAGGAUUCUAAUGCUGGUUUCAUGCCUACAGCUGGUUAGUUUGAUAUUUUAAACUAAUAAGUGGCAUAGAAUGUUUAUUUUGGCAAUUUUUUAAGAAAUAUGGACAUGUUAUACGAGGGCGCAGCUCAAAAAUCCUGAUUUUCUAUUUUGGCCCAAAAUUUUAAUUUUUAAAAACUAAAAAUGAAAUUUCAGGAAAAUUGGAGCACCUUCAGUUCCCAACCAACGCUCGUAUCGAUUCAGGAGUCGUAGAAGGUGACGAUGUAACUGUCCAUUACGAUCCAAUGAUCGCCAAGGUUAUCGUGUGGGGAAGAGAUCGACAAGAAGCGAUUGGAAAUCUGGACAAAGCCUUGAAUGACACUCACAUUGGUGGCCUAGCUAAUAAUGUAGACUUUGUCAGGACAUGUUUGAACCACGAAAAGUUUGUUUCCGGCCAAGUUUACACGGAUUUCAUCGCUGAUCACGAAAAGGAGCUGUUGAAGACGGAAAAAAUAGAAAAUCCGGCCAAAGAAUCAGUGCUAGAAGGCUUAGCAUCAAGAUUACUGUUGGCUGGAGGCGUCGGAAAUGGAAGCUUAGGACCUUUUGCUACGAAAGGCAUGUUCAGGCUGAAUUAUCAACCGGAAAUCAACGUGGAAUUGAGUGAUAAAGUGAAAAUCAACGCGAAAGUUAGCGGAUCAGGCGAAAUUGAACGAAUUGUGGUCGAUAAUCAGGAAGUUAAGAUUACGGAUGUGGUCAGAAGUGUUACGGAGACUACACAGCUACCUGUUGUUGAGUUUAGAAUAGAGGUAGAUGGAAAAAUGUGGCCAGUGAAGGCGGUUCAGCUCAAAGAGGGGUUGCAGGUAAGGGUUUUGGCUAUUGCUUUAGUUUCUUAGAUGUUUAGGUAUGAAAAGGUUAGUUAAUUGGACUGUUUUAGUACUUGAAAGAUAGCUUAAGACCUUGGUUAUCUUUUCAUUUAUAAAUAAGAGGACUUGCAGUUAUAUUUCGAGACUUAUGAUAUUAUCCAUGAUCAAACUACAGCUUUUUUGUUAAAACUCACAAUUUUUUACAAAUAUUUUUAGGUUUUUGGGUCAGAAGCUCGAGAAUGGCCGAUUUCUUCAGAAGCACCAGAGUUUGAUGAACAAUUGGCAGCUGGCGGAGACCUUCAAGCUCGAUCACCAAUGCCAGGCGUCAUUGAUAAGGUCUUUGUCAAAGCAGGGGAUGCGGUGAAAGCCGGACAAGCUGUGGUUGUUAUGAUAGCUAUGAAGAUGGAAUAUGUUUUGAAGUAAGAGUUUAGUAUAUAUACUAGUAUAAUAUUGAGUUAGAAGGUAAUAUUUGGUAUAUUGAAGUAGAAUAUUGGAUAUUUCAGGAUUGGAUGCAUAUUAUAGUAGUUUAAGGUUACUGUGAACGUUUUUGAUGAAGGGUAUGAGAUUUGACAGAUUUUUUUUGAGAUUUCAAUUUGAUUUCAAAAUUUCAGAGCACCAUUCGACUGCACAGUAGAGACCGUGUCAUGUGCACCAGGCAAGAAUGUUGGCAAAAACGCAGUGCUAGUCAAGUACCACAAGGAGGACGCAUAA